AUGGCCACCCAAGUGUGUCAGAACUACCACAAGGACUGUGAGGAUGCUGUUAACAAGCAGAUCAACCUGGAGCUCUAUUCCUCCUAUGUUUACCUCUCCAUGUUCUCUUACUUUGACCGGGAUGAUGUUGCCCUGUGUCACUUUGCUGAGUUCUUCAAGGAGCAGUCCCAUGAGGAACAGGAACACGCUGAGAAACCGAUGGCCUCCACGUUUAUUCUGGAAUGCGAAGUCCUCCUGCAGGAUGUCAAGUUGAAAGAAAGUGACCACUUUGCCUUUCCUGCCCUCCAGAAGCCAGAGCAGGAUGAGUGGGGCAAUGGUCUGGAGGCAAUGCAGAGGGCUCUGCAGAUGGAGAAGGAUGUGAACCAGAGUCUGCUGGAUCUGCACAAACUCUCCUCUGGCCACACUGACCCUCAUCUGUGUGACUUCCUGGAGAGGCACUACUUGGAUGAGCAAGUGAAGAUGAUCAAGAAGCUGGGAGAUCACAUCACCAACCUGAAGAGACUGGGAGCCCCUGAGAAUGGCCUGGGAGAGUACCUGUUUGACAGGCUCACCCUGGGGGAAGAGUGA